AUGCUUUCAUUCGCCGGGCAAGACUGGGUUGGGUUUUAUGAUUGGUUGGGAAGCGACUAUCCCAAUCACGAAUUAAUGAUGCUUCCGGACUUUGAAGUCAUCAAAGAUACGGAUGAUAAGUUGAAGAGGUAUACAGAAGAGAGUUUGAGGGAUAAAAGAGAUAGUUUGCCAGAUAAAAUGUUUCAGAUAUUAGCGAUAAAUUUAUACUGUGAAUCAGUGGGUUCGGUGACUCUAAAAUCCGAUAGUCCCUUUGAUUACCCCCUGAUAAACAUUAACUCUUUUUCUAACGAUAUCGAUGCGGAUAACUUACACGGCAUAAUACUGAAAAUUAAACACCUAACCACCACGACUGUGUUCAGGCAAAUAAACGCCAGGGUAGUCCCCCCAAAACUGAGCUUGUAG